AUGGAAUGCAAGACGGCCAAAGAAAUGUGGACCACUCUUCAAACACACCAUGAAGGAACCAGCCACAUAAAAGAAACAAGGAUUGACAUAGGAGUACGAAAGUUUGAACUGUUUGAAAUGAAUAACAGUGAAACUAUAGAUCAAAUGUAUGGAAGGUUUACAGUCAUCAUAAAUGAGCUAAAUUCUCUUGGUAAAAAAUAUACCACACAUGAGAGAAUAAGAAAGCUACUAAGAUGUCUACCAGAAGAAUGGAGACACAUAGUAACUGCAAUAACUGUAGCAAAAGAUCUCAAAACAAUGGAUCUGGAAGAUUUCAUUGGAUCUUUAAAAGCUCAUGAAGCAAUACUUCAAGAGAAGAAACCAGCUCUAGAAUCACAAGUAGAAGAAAACUUAAAAAGGGAAAUAACAUGUGAUGAAGAGAAUCCUCUUCAACAAGAUGAUGAGGAAGAAAUGGCUUUUCUCUCAAGAAGAAUCCAAAAGCUAAUGAUGAGAAGAAAUCAAAUCAAAAGAUCAUUCCCAUCAAGAAGAAAUGAAACAGACUUAAGUCAAGUAAAAUGCUACGGAUGCAAUCAAACUGGACAUUACAAAAAUGAAUGUCCAAAGCUAAGGCAAAGAAAACCUCCCUACAACAAAUCCAUGAUGGCUACAUGGGACGAUCUAGAAGAAUUACCAGAAGAAGAAGAAGCAAAUGUUUGCCUAAUGACCAGAACUGACUUUGAUGAGGUAAACCUUGAACCUUGUUCAUCAUGCAUGAAAACUGAAAAAUUAUUUGAUAAUCUCUUAUAUGAUUCACAAAUUACUGCUCAAAAAUAUGAUCAACUUAAAAUUGAACUUACUAGAGUAAUUCAAGAAAAAGAUGAAUAUAAAACUAAAAAUAAAAUUUUAGAAGAAACUUUGGAAAAAGCUCAGCAUGAUCUAGAUAAAGUUUAUAAGUUAAAAGAAAACUUAGAACUAAAACAAAGUGUUUCAGUUUUAGAAAAAGACAUAACCAAAUGUGUGAAAACUACUGAAACUUUUGAAAAUAUUAUAGGAGUUCAACAAAGAGUUGUUGAUAAAGAUGGAAUAGUCAAGAAAAAGCCAUGGUACUUGGACAGUGGCUGCUCGAGGCACAUGACCGGAGACAGACACAGCUUCCUUUCCCUUGAGGAAAAGGAAGGAGGAACCGUUACCUUUGGUAAUAAUGAAAAAGCUAGUAUCAAAGGUAAAGGUAUAAUAGGUAAAAUUAAUUCUGCUAAAUUAGAAAAUGUUCAUUAUGUAGAGGGUCUAGAACAUAACUUAAUAAGUAUUAGUCAACUGUGUGAUAAUGGUCUUGAAGUAAUUUUUAAAACUCAUACAUGUGAAAUUAAGCAAAUAUCUACUGGAAAAACUCUUUUUAAUGGAUCAAGAAAAAAGAAUGUAUAUGUCAUAUAUCUAGAUGAACUGCCUGUUGAGUCAUGUUUUGUAUCUCUUGAAAAGGAUAAAUGGAUUUGGCACAAAAGGGCAGGACAUGUAAAUAUGAGGACAAUUGCAAAACUUUCUCAACUUGAUCUAGUAAGAGGAUUACCAAAGAUAAGUUUUGACAAAGAUAAAUUAUGUGAAAGUUGUACAAAAGGAAAACAAACCAAAAGUAGUUUUAAACCUAAAGACUUUAUUUCAACUAAAAGACCUCUUGAAUUACUUCACAUAGAUUUGUUUGGACCUGUCAAAACUACUAGUCUAGGUGGUAAAAAUUAUGGCUUUGUUAUUGUUGAUGACUACUCUAGAUACACAUGGGUUUUGUUUUGA